ACGUCAGCGGUGUCUUUUCGCUUUACGGCAGGGCAGCAUGUGGAGGUCAGAGAUGCUGCAACACUCUAUCAGAAGCUGAACAACUACACUACUCUUUUAUUAUCAAUACUUGAUAUCUCAUGACAGUGGUAUCUACGAGGGACAUAUUUUAAACAGAACCUUACCGAUAAAGAAAAUCGCUCGGUGUAGCUUGUGGGUAAAAUUCACACGCGUCAGUACGGAAGUCUGGUCAGUGAGUCAGUUUCUCCAGUAUAAUCUAUAAAGAAAUGGAUAAUAAUACACCUGGAUCAGGAGGCCUUAAAGGGGGACUUGGUAGUCUUUUCGGUGGAGGAGCCCCUGAAUAUUCAAAUACUGAGCUCGCAGGAGUACCAUUGACUGGUAUGAGCCCUCUCUCUCCCUACCUCAACGUUGACCCUCGGUACCUUGUACAGGACACAGAUGAGUUCAUUCUGCCAACUGGGGCAAAUAAAACCCGUGGCCGCUUUGAGCUGGCCUUUUUUACCAUUGGGGGAUGCUGUAUAACAGGUGCUGCUUUUGGCACACUUAAUGGGUUCCGUAUGGGUCUGAAGGAAACAAGAGACAUGGCAUGGUCGAAACCCAGAAAUGUACAGAUUUUGAACAUGGUCACACGACAAGGGGCCUCGUGGGCCAACACGCUAGGAUCAGUGGCUCUUUUAUAUAGUGUGUUUGGUGUGGCCAUUGAGAAGGCCAGGGGCGCAGAGGAUGAUCUCAACACAGUGGCUGCUGGAACGUUAGCAGGGAUGCUUUUCAAAUCCACAGCUGGACUCAAAGGAGCUGCCAGAGGAGGUCUUGUUGGUUUAGCCAUGUCAGGGCUGUAUGCUCUGUACAACAACUGGGAUCACCUGAAGGGGAGGACACCUUCACAUUACUGAGGUUCACUGAGAGCUCAAACUAUGAACUUAUUUUGACUCUGAACCAGUCCUCAGCCUUUUUCACCCUCCUCUAUUCCCAUUUAAACUCUUGGAGAAGAACUUCAUGUGGACAACCACGUGUGUACUGGCUUUUUCAGAUGCAUUUUAGGUGUAAUAUUUAAAUUGCUGAGCCAGACGGCCUCCAAAUGUAUGGAAUGCAUAGCUGUGAAUGUGCUGAUAAUGAGUAUGUCAGUCAGUGUUUAUAUUAUCAUAAAGAUCUGUUGGCAUGUACAUGUCUUGGUUGGUAUCAGUUGCAGCCGUACCUUAUCUGAUGAUAGAGGAAUUCUUAGUCAUUUAAUCAAUUUUGAUUGUUCUCAUUGUAAACUGUUAAGAUACAUGUAUUUUGUUUCAGUACUGGCUGGGUUGAAAUGUUAAUUUGGUGUUCCUAAACUGGCCACAUCAGCUCUGCACCCACCUAAAAUAAAAUGCAAUGUUCACCUGU